AUGUUAUUAAAUUUUGGUGAUGAUGUGGAGCAAUGUGAACUCUUCUUUGAAGACAAUCACUUUGGAAAACAGUUUGCUUUUCUUCGGGAAAAGAGAGCGGCCCAGCAGUGCCUGCCGGCUCUCCGCGGGCGGCGAACGAGGGCGCACGUGGACCCUGCCCCGACCAUCCCGGGUCACCGGGGUGCCGCGAGGGAGCCGCUGCAAGGGGCGGCCGCGGCCGUGAAGGGCCUUGGGACAGACCUGAGGGGUGCGGCGGCCCGGCCCUGGAUCCCGAAGCCAGAGGGGCCUCGAGAGGCGGCGGCGGCGGCGGCACACGAGAUCCGUGAGUUCCAGGAGGCGGGCUGUAGACCGCGCGGUGGCGGCGCCGGUGGGCGGAUGGGGGCGGGGGCGGAGGGAGUCCGGGCCGGGCGGUGGGGGCUCGUGUGCAAGGUGCCGCCCGACCGCCUCAGGACCCCGCGGGAUCUGGGCGCCCACCCCCCGCCACCGCAUCACCUGUGGGCAGCCACAUGGCAAGGCAUGAGCCCAAGGCCCUCCUACUCCACCAUCUUCCCAGCAGCCUCAGACAAUGGGAUUCUUGAAGAUGUCAGAGUACUGCCAAAUCAGAGAAGCUUUCACAAUGCUGCAAAAAGCAAUAAUUUGGAUCUUAUGGAGAAGCUGUUUGAAAAGAAGGUUAACAUUAAUGCUGUGAACCAUAUGAACCGCAAAGCCUUGCAUUUUGCAGUGGGGGCAAAUGAUUUAUCUGCGGUGGAUUUCUUGCUUAAUCAUAAGGCAAGAGUGGAUAUUGCUGAUAAGCACGGCUUGACAGUAGUUCACCUUGCAGCCUGGUCUGGAAGUCUCGAGAUCAUGCUCAUGCUCAUUAGAGCUGGAGCAGACCAGAGGGCCAAGAAUCCGGAUGGAAUGAAUGCCCUCCACUUUGCAGCUCAGAGUGAUAACGUACGCAUCGUGGAGUACCUCGUUCAAGAUUUGCAUUUGAAGGACCUGGCCCAGCCUGAUGAGAAAGGAAGAAAACCAUUUCUUUGGGCAGCCGACAGGGGCCACACUGAAAUGAUAGAAAAACUUAUCUUCCUUAAUCUACACACUUCAGAAAAGGACAAGGAGGGGAAUGUUGCCCUGCAUCUUGCGGCAAAGCAUGGUCACAGUCCUGCAGUCCAGGUGCUGCUAACCCAAUGGCAAGAAAUAAAUGAGAUCAAUGAGCUCAACAUCAGUGCUUUGCAGAUGGCAACCCAGAAUGGCCAUACAUCCCUUGUCAGCUCUCUUCUCCGUGACAAUGUUGAUCUGCACCAGAACGCAGAACCAAAGGACUCCCCUCUUCAUUUAGCUGUUAUCAACAACCAUAUCUCAGUUGUGAACAGCUUAUUAAGUGCACAGCACAACACUGACAUCUUAAAUCAGAGGCAGCAGACUCCUUUGCAUGUUGCUGCUGAUCUUGGCAAUGUGGAACUGGUGGAAACCUUGCUGAAGGCAGGCUGUGACCUGAAGAUUGUUAAGCAAGAGAAGACUGCCAUGGCCGUGGCCUCCAGGAGCAACCACAGCCUUGUUGUGGACAUGAUCAUUAAAGCAGAGAGAUACUAUGCCUGGAAAGAGGAGCAUGGUGAGAGCAUCAGGGACCCAUCAACCAGCUUUACUUUGACAUUCAAGCAAGAUCACAGUUUGGAGACCAGACAUAUUUGCAGUCUUCUCUGGAACCUGGCUUACCAUCAGCUAAAGGCCAAUGAGUGGCAGAAGCUGGCCCAUUCAUAGAACUUUACAGAUGACCAGAUCAGAGCCAUUGAGGAGCAGUGGUCAGGAAAGGGAAGUUUCCGUGAACACGGCCACAAGGCUCUGCUCAUCUGGCUGCAUGGGACCCUGAUGACACAGGCCACUCCGGUCAAGCAUCUGUAUGAAGAGCUGGUACGCGCAGGUUUCCCAGAACUAUCUGAAAAGAUCCGUCAAUUCAAAAAUGAAACUAACUCAAAGUCCAAGAAAUGUGCAGUUUCAUAAAUGCCUAAAGAAAUUGUAUUUAAUUGAUAUUCCACUCAGCACCAUCCUUUAAAUUCAGUUCUUUAAUGCCAUAAAAUUCUAGCAGUAGUAUUGAUUUUCCUUUCAGCUGUGACAGUGGUGAUGACAAGAAGCUCUACCGGAUGAAAAAAUGGUAUUAGUACUUUCCAACUACUGAA